AUGACCCCCGCGCGACCACCUGAGCCUGUAUCGCUGGGAAAAUGCUCUCCAGACUGGAAAGAGUCCAAAGCUCGAGGCUGUGUCUACGACUUCAUGCUGUCCACAUGGAUGCAUCCCAGGUGCUUCAAUGAAGAGAUGCACGAGAAAUACUUGGGCUAUAUGAAGUGGAGGAACACGACGUAUUGGUACGAACGAGAACGUAUCAACGAGGUUCCGUUUGAUGUGGCUGCCAGUGGUGAACAUGGCGAAAUCUUUACAGACGGCACCAUCCACCACAUGCAUUGCAGCUAUGUCUGGGAUAGAAUCACAUAUGCGUCGCAUUUCAAGCCUCGAGUUCUGGACUCUCUUUGCCGAGACCCCAAGCAUGUUGAGCACUGCAUCUUGUAUAACGGUAUCCCGCAGUCUUGGGAGAUUGACUUGCCAAACAUAACUCGGGUGUACAAUGAGCCUCACGAGGUGGACUGUUUGGUUGGGUAA